AAAGAAGCACCAUAUAUAAUAAGCAAAGAGACACUCUCACUUCCUCUGCUUCUCUCUCUCUCUCUGAAUCAUUCUCUUCUUCGAGUUCAGUCACCACAAACUUACAAUCAAAUACAAAAGAAAUACACUUAAAGACUCCAUUCAUCUGAAUCUGAAUCCGAAUCUCUCUGCAGAAGCAUACAUUUAUUGAUGGAGGAGAAGUGGAAGCUGUCGAAGAAAGAGACAACAGCUUCUUCUUCUUCUUCCUCUAAGUCAAAGUUUUCUAGAAGCUUCUCAACAAGUGCUUCCUCCACAAAGUCUCCAAUAUUCGUAAGGAGUUCAUCUACUAAAUGCUCUAUCCCUUCUUCCUCCUCUUCCUCUUCUUCUUCCUCUUCAAUCUCCAGAAGCUUCUCAAGAAAAGAGAGAAGAUCUUCUUCUUCAUCAUCCUCUUCCAUCACUCAGAAAUAUAGCAGCUUGGCUAAAGAACAGAAGGCGAGGUUUUACAUCAUGAGAAGGUGUGUGGCUAUGCUUGUUUGUUGGCACAAACAUGGAGAUUCUUAAUUAGAUCUUCUUCUUCUUCUUUUUUUUCUUUUUUUUUUCCUUGUAAUUAGAUCAGUUUGAUAUUAUUAAGGGUUUCCAUACAAGUACAUUGUAAGAAGAGAUUUUGUUUAAAAAUUAGGGUUUAUAUGCUCUAUUUUCAAUGAUAUGACUUGCAUAUGCUACAUAUAUACACACAAUCAUAGACAUGUGUGUAUAUGUAUCAUUGAUGCAAGUAUUUUAGAUUAUGCUAAGAAUUAUUGAUGUUUUUUAUUUAAAAUAUAGAAAUAUAAUAUCAUGAAGAUUAA